UUUCAAUUUUUGAUACAAUGGCAACUCUACAUACUUCAGCUGCCUAAUUAUUUCAAAUUUUGCUAUGUGCACACUUUUUGUUUACCGGUCUGCUGUGCGUGUUGAAAAAGCUAGGUUUGUUCAUCCAGUUAUUACAAUAACUAUACAAAAUUAAGCAACAAAAAUGGCCGACGAUGAGCAAGACGACCAAAAGGAGUACCGAUGGGAAACGGGCUAUGAGAAGACCUGGGAAGCCAUCAAGGAGGAUGACGACGGACUUCUGGACGGUGCCAUUGCCGAGAUUAUACAGAAGGCAAAACGCAAGCGACAGGCGGAUAAGACCAAACAGAAUCGUCUGGGAAUGAUGCGGCACAUGUUCAUUGUCUUAGAUUGCUCUGAAUCGAUGAGCGUACCCGAUCUAAAGCCCACACGAUUGUUAUGCACACUUAAGUUGUUGGAGAUCUUUAUUGAAGAGUUUUUCGAUCAGAAUCCCAUCAGCCAGCUGGGUAUUAUAGCGCUAAAGGCAAAGCGAGCAGAGAAAAUAACCGAGCUGACGGGCACUUCUCGUGUACAUCUCAAGGCUUUAGCUGGACUGGCUAAUGUCUCGCUUACCAGCGAGCCCUCACUGCAAAAUGGAUUGGAUUUAGCUUUGAAGACACUGAAGGUGGUGCCAUCACAUGCAUCACGGGAAAUCGUUAUCAUCAUGGGCUCGCUAACUACCUGUGAUCCGGUGGAUAUUAAUCUGACAAUAGAUGAGCUGAAGAGGGAGCGUAUACGCUGUUCGGUUAUUUCGUUAUCAGCGGAAAUUCACAUCUGUCGUUAUUUGACGCAACAGACGAUGGGCACCUUUGGUGCUGUGCUGGAUGAUGCACAUUAUCGAGAUCAGUUGCUGUCUCAGGUGGAUCCGCCACCCGCUGCCAAGACACAGGAUAACUCACUGAUAAGGAUGGGCUUUCCGCACAGCAAGAAUGAAGUGGAGGGCAAGGAUGCACCGCUCUCCAUGUGCAUGUGCCACAUCGAGAAUAUUGAUGAGCCCAGUGAACUGUCCACCACCGGCCAUCAUUGUCCGCAAUGCAACAGCAAGUACUGUGAGCUGCCUGUGGAGUGUCAAUGUUGUGGACUUACGCUGGUAUCAGCACCCCAUUUGGCCCGCUCCUAUCAUCAUCUGUUUCCUGUGCCCAAUUUUGAGGAAAUGCCCUAUGAGUCGGUGCCACCGGCAGCGCCUGAUUGCGGCAGUCUGCGCAAGUGCUAUGGCUGCAUAAAGGUGUUGAGUCCCGUGACAGACAAAAGCGUUUUCAAGUGCGGCUACUGCAAGCAGUUCUUCUGCAUUGAUUGUGAUAUAUUUGUUCAUGAGACACUGCAUGCCUGCGUAGGCUGCAACACAAUUCCAGGCGUCGCCGGCUUGGUCUAUCAGAAGCAAGGCGGCAAAGCAGCCAGCAAAGCUGCCGGCAACAUGCAGCAACAGCAGCAGCAGCAUCAGCAGCAGCAAGCUCAGAUGCAGCUGCCUUCCACUUCCAAGCAGCGCAGCCAGUUUAAUAUGUAAGAUGUGACCAGUCGAGUUGUGCACUAAAAAAGCAUUAGUAUAUAGAUUAAACUAAUUUUAAGAGUCAAAGUAGCAUUUUCUUAUGC